UUGUUGUGAAGAAGAAGAACUGAGAAUGUGGAAAACUUCAGGUUUUAGGGUUUCUACGGCCUAGGUAUGAACAAGGAGAUGCAAGUGCGAAGGCGCAUCGCGAGCAUCUACAACAAGCGCGAGGACAAUUUCGCGUCCCUCAGAGACUACAAUGACUACCUGGAAGACGUAGAGGACAUCAUCUUCAAUCUGGUCCAAGGCAUCGAUGUGGCUGAGACGGAGGCCAAGAUCAAGGCGUAUAAUGAGGAAAACUACGAGCAAAUCCUCGCAUCCAGAGCUCGCAAGGCUGUGGAGAUUAGCACUGCUCUCCAGCAAGAGCAAGGCUUCACUGAAACGAGAGAAGCCAUAGAACAGGGACCGUCUGGAGCGUACGCGCCGGCAGUGGCGGGGAUGUUGAUGCAGCAGCCAACGAGGCAGCCCGAGCCGAUUGGACACAGCCUGCUCAACGGUGGCGCGGCCGAGGAUCCAGAGGCGCAGAGGAUUCGAGAGGAGCGAGCCGCCAUCGCCGGGGGCUGGUCCAUAGACUGCUGCCACAGGAGGGAUCUCACGGAAGCUUUCUCCAGCUUGUGGGUCAACUAGAGACAAGAGAAGAACUGCUGCUCAAUGGAUGAAGUAGCAGUGUUCUUGAGAGCCGGCUCUCGUUGGAUAGCCCCUGUUUCCAUUUUUUCUUCAACUUUUCUACAACUUUUCUACAACUUCUAGUAA